CGACUCUCAAAGUGCCACAUUCCUCCAAUUUCCGGUUAAUCCCGAUACGCCUAUUUCCAGGGUGAGGAAGGGGAAGCGAGCGAGCGGGGCGGCGUUGCUCUGCAUACACUUCUCACCGACAGCUUUUGCAAAGGGGGAAGGUCCGGCAAAAUAAUAAUUAUCAGAGACCACUACCACCGACCUCCACCGAGACCUCUGGCAGACGCGUCUGAUACCAUUUGGGAGAGGCGGAAAAGGAGAUCUUGACAAGGGUGAAGGGCUCAAGGUCAGCCAGACAUUCAGUCACCAGAGGGGGCAGUGGAGAAGUGAAGGGGGGAACAGAGGAUCAAAGAGAGGAGAAAGCGUGAAGGACACGGCAAGGCCAAUCUGGCACCUUGACGUGUAACGAACGACCCAUUUCAUUACACUCCCGACCCUCAUUCCUUCCUGCCUUCCCUCCUUCCGACCAUGCCCGAAUCGGCUUCUUCGACAGCUAUACCGGCCGACUCGACCAACGCAUUCAAUUCACCCUCUUUCAACAUCAACGCCUUCCCCAUCAACGCGACGAGCGGGCCAUCGUCUGAAUCUAGCCAUGCUGGACCUUCGUUGUCAGUCAACGGUAAAAUCAAUGGCGAUAGCACUGCCAAUGGUGGUACCUCCCAUCCAUCCGCACCUGGGACAACCGGUCCAAUCGGUAUUCAGACGGAAGAACAGGCAUUGCACUUGGUGCGAGGGAUGGAUCCUGCAAAGUUCAAUGCGCUGAAACAGCGAGCUUCAGAGCUCCUUGCUGCUGGACAAACGGUCGAUUCUUCUUCUGAAUUGCAUAAGAUUCUAUAUCUCUUGAAACUUCAACAAAGAUCGAAAGAGCUAGAUGACAAGCAGAACCAAGCUCAAGCCAACGGACCGUCUCCAGCUGGUCCAAGUACAGCAACGCCGACACCUGCACCUGCCAAUUCCACCGCGAUGACACCUCAGCAAAUCGCUCAACUGCGCUCCCAAGCCGCUUCAUUCAGCCUCCUCAAUCGCGGUCAACCUGUCCCCUCCUACCUCCAAGAUGCGGCGGCCGGCAUUCCUCCCCCAGGAUCAGGUGGUCAACCUGCCGAGCCGAAUCCAAUAGGGUCAGAUCUCAAUAGCAAGGUCAUUGAAAAGACCGUGGAUGCUGUGGUGGAGAGCAACGUCAGCAAAUCCAGUCACAGGCAUCCUCCCUAUGCCAUGGAGUUCGACACGUCUUCUGCCAUCUACCCUUUCAACGCCUACACGGAUCCCGGGUUCUAUGCCAAUCGCAACUUUGAUGCUGAAAUCUCCAAUCCGCUCACCAAGAUGCAAAGAUUGAUUGUUCCCAAUGCCAUGCCGAAGGGUCUGGACCCGUACUAUCUGAUGGAGGAGCGCAAUCGAUUCGUUGAGACCCGGAUGGCUUGGAGAAUGAAAGAACUCGAAGAGCUAGAUGCGACCUUUGGCACCGGAGAGAGUGGCGCGAAAGAGGUAGCAGGCGUUACGGACAAGCCCACGAACGGAUCAAAUCUGGGCAUCAGGGCUCGUAUUGAGCUGCUUCAACUACGCCUGCUCGGCAAACAGCGACUGUUGCGCGAAGACGUGGUCAGAGCCAUGCACGGCGCGACUCAAAUUCCAGUCGACAGAAGUCAGUUCAGGCGUUUCCGAACACAUCACUUGCGGGAUGCGAGAGAGACGGAGACGGCCGAACGACGACAACGGACCGAACGGGAGCAACGAGGCAAACAACGCCAUCUGGCUUAUAUUAAUUCCAUCUGCGAGCACGGUCAAGCGCUCAUAGGUGCUGGUGUGGGCACAUCUCGUGGUUCUGGAGCAGAAAAGGCCAAACGGAUGGGUCGAGCUAUGAUGCGAUUACAUCAAGAGAUCGAAAAGGAGGAGCAGAGGCGAAUCGAGCGAUUGGCCAAGGAACGUCUGAAAGCUUUGAAGAAUGACGAUGAAGAAGGGUAUCUGGCCUUGCUAGGCGAAGCAAAGGACUCGCGUAUCUCUCAUCUGCUCAAGCAAACAGAUUCGUAUCUCGAGACGCUCGCAGCUGCCGUGGUGGACCAACAAAAUGAUGUCGUUCAUCGGGAUCAAAUGCCUAUGUCUUUGCCUUUCGAGACCGAGGAUGGACCCGCGAGUGAAGCCAUGUUUGGUGCUCGUCGACAGGAUGGAGAAGAGGAGAAUGCAGAGAGAAAGGCUGGCAAAGUGGACUACUAUGCUGUCGCGCAUCGCAUCCAGGAGAAAGUCACGGGUCAAGCAAAGAUGUUGACGGGUGGAACAUUGAAAGACUAUCAAGUCAAGGGUCUACAAUGGAUGAUCAGUCUGUACAAUAACAGGCUGAACGGAAUCCUGGCCGACGAAAUGGGUCUCGGAAAGACUAUUCAGACCAUCUCCCUCAUCACCUACCUCAUUGAGAAGAAGCGUCAACCUGGACCUUUCCUCGUCAUUGUGCCUUUGUCUACCCUGACCAACUGGACAAUGGAGUUCGAACGUUGGGCACCGUCAGUCCGUACGGUGAUCCUCAAAGGAUCGCCUGUCCAACGUCGAGAGCAAUACGGACGACUUCGAGCCGUCGAUUUCCAAGUCUGCUUGACAACAUAUGAAUACGUCAUCAAGGAACGUCCACUACUCAGCAAGAUCAAGUGGAUCCACAUGAUUAUCGAUGAAGGUCAUCGAAUGAAGAACGUCAAGAGUAAACUGAGUCAGACCUUGAACGAGUAUUACAGUACGAAAUACCGGUUGAUUCUUACCGGAACCCCAUUGCAAAACAACCUGCCCGAACUUUGGGCCCUACUCAAUUUUGCCCUGCCCAAAAUAUUCAACUCCGUCAAAUCCUUCGAUGAGUGGUUCAACGCACCCUUCGCCAAUACUGGAGGUGAAAAGAUGGAGAUGAAUGAAGAAGAGGCUUUACUCGUCAUCAAACGAUUGCACAAGGUUCUUCGACCAUUUUUGCUCCGUCGUUUAAAGAAGGAUGUCGAGUCGGAGCUCCCAGACAAGGUCGAAAAGGUCAUCUAUACCAAGAUGAGUGCUCUCCAGUGGAAACUGUACGAAAGCGUCAAAAAGUACAAAACGCUUCCGACGGACAUGAGUGCGAGCAAACAUCGCCGAACGAAUUUGCAAAACGCCAUCAUGCAGCUGCGGAAGAUCUGUAAUCACCCGUUCGUGUUUCGCGAAGUCGACGAGGACUUUUCUGUCGGCAACAAUAUCGAUGAGCAGAUUGUCAGAACUGCGGGUAAAUUCGAGCUAUUGGAUCGAAUCUUGCCAAAACUAUUCAAGACGGGUCAUAAAGUCCUGAUCUUCUUCCAAAUGACCGAGAUCAUGACCAUCAUUGCCGACUUUUUCGACUACCGUGGUUGGCGAUACUGUCGUUUGGAUGGAAGCACAAAGGCCGAUGAUCGUCAAGCCCUCUUGUCCAGUUUCAACGACCCUGCUUCGCCAUAUCAGGUCUUCAUCCUGUCCACUCGUGCUGGAGGUCUCGGUCUCAAUCUGCAAUCGGCCGAUACUGUCAUCAUUUACGAUACCGAUUGGAAUCCUCACGCCGAUUUGCAAGCGCAAGACCGAGCUCAUCGAAUCGGUCAAAAGAAAGAAGUUCGAGUCCUUCGUUUGAUUUCAUCUCAGACUGUGGAGGAACUUGUCCUGCAGCGUGCGCAACGCAAGCUUGAAAUUGACGGAAAGGUCAUUCAAGCUGGUAAAUUCGACGACGUGACGACCGGUGCCGAGUACGAAGAGCUCUUGGCCAAGGCGUUCGAGACGAACGCCGAUGAUGAUAACGAAGAGGCCAAUGAGCUUGAUGACGAAGAGUUGAACGAGCUGCUGGCUCGAGGCGAUCACGAACUGGAGAUCUUCACGCAGAUGGACAAGGAGCGCAAAGAGCUCCGCGCGGCUCAAUGGAAAGAGGAAGGUCAUAAAGGGCCGGUACCUCCGCCAUUGAUGCAGGAAUCGGAACUGCCGCCAUUCUAUCGACGCGAUAUCGGUGAAGAGUUAGCGGAACAAGCUCAAGCGGAAGAGUUAGGACUGGAAGGGCGUGGCAGAAGAGCGAAAGAGCAAGUCAGAUAUACAGAUGGCUUGACAGAUGAUCAAUGGUUGAACGCGAUGGAAGAUUCGGAUGACGAUAUUGAGGAGGCUGCCGAGAGGAAGCGGAAACGAUCGGCAAAGAAACAGGAGAGAAAGAGAGUCAAUGAGAUGCUGGCGAAAGCGGAGGCCGAAGGCAAACCGUUGAGCAGUAUCAAGUUGACUUUGGAUGUCGGUGGUGGUGGUGGCAGUGGUGGUGGCAAAGCAGAGACGCCGGUAGGGAAAUCUGGUGCGAAGAAGAGGGGCAGACCGAGCGCUAGUGCCACACCGUCAGUCGCUGGGGAGGAUAUGCCUCUGAAACGCCGCAAGACGGACGCUGGAGGUCCUUCACCCACUGAAAUCACGCUCAUGUGGAAAUUGUACAACGAUACCAAUGCGCUCAAGUCGGAAGCUGGUGAAGAUUUGAACCAGUAUUUCCUCAAACCCGUCGAUCGCAAGGUGUUCUUUGACUAUUACGACAUUAUCAAGAAUCCCAUGACCAUGAAUCAGAUCCGUCGCCGUAUUGGCAAGGAUACAUCCUAUGGUCUUUCUCAACUUUCAGCCGACAUGCACCUCAUCUGGGACAAUGCGAGGACGUACAACGAAGAUGGAUCUUGGGUGUACAGUGCAGCCGAUCAGAUGCAAGCGUUCUUUGAUAACCUGUGGGCGGAGCAAGUGCCCAAGCUAGAGGAUAGCGAAGGUCCCGGAGGGAACGGAGCAAGUCAUGGCACUGGAAAUGGCGCUGGCGCUGGACCAGCAGUAUUAUCUGCUAUUCCUAGUGGAAUGACAUCUGGAGUCGGGAGUGGAUCCUCGACACCAAUGUACAAACCUCAGGACAAGGCGACACCUGUACCGACGAAAAUCAAGUUGAAUAUGAGUCGAGCGGGCGCGGGCGCAGGGAGGUCAAGGAUGGCUCCUGAUCCCGAUGAGGACGACGACGAGGAUGAGGACGAUGAAGAGGAGAGUGGAGAAGGAGGGCAACACCAUGAAGAAGAAGAGGAGGAGGAGGAAGAGGCCGAGGACAGUGAAAGUAGUGAUAGUGAUGAUGACUAUUAGGGUAGAGGAAUGCUUUUUAUGUUAGACUGACUGGCAAGGAGAGCGGGUCUCGCCAUGUUGGAGGAAUGAGAUUCAGGACAUACAGUGCAUU